AUGGAGACUGGUAUUGCUUCCUGUGCCCAUGGAACACUCGUGCCCACUGUUUCUUCUCAACAUUCCACCGCCAUGGCCUCACCUCGUUCAAUUGCUCCAUCAUUUUCCAGGAGCCUCAAAGCAAGCUCCCUAUUUGGAGAAUCCUUGCGUAUUGCACCAAAAUCUUCGUUUAGAGUUUCAAAGUCGAAGAACUCUUCUCUUGUGACCAAGUGCGAGAUUGGUGAUAGUUUGGAAGAAUUUCUUACAAAGGCGACCCCAGAUAAGGGAUUGAUUAGGCUGAUGAUGUGCAUGGGAGAAGCAUUGAGAACUAUUGCCUUCAAAGUAAGAACAGCUUCUUGUGGAGGAACAGCUUGUGUCAACUCUUUUGGAGAUGAGCAGCUUGCUGUUGAUAUGCUUGCCGAUAAGCUUCUAUUCGAGGCCUUGCAAUACUCUCACUUCUGCAAAUAUGCUUGCUCCGAAGAAGUGCCAGAGCUCCAGGACAUGGGAGGACCAGCCGAAGGUGGAUUUAGUGUUGCAUUUGAUCCACUUGAUGGUUCCAGCAUUGUUGACACAAACUUCACUGUGGGAACCAUCUUUGGAGUGUGGCCUGGAGACAAGCUUACAGGGAUUACAGGAAAAGAUCAAGUUGCAGCAGCCAUGGGUAUUUUUGGACCUCGUACUACAUAUGUUCUUGCGCUUAAGGACAUCCCUGGAACUCACGAAUUCCUCCUCCUUGAUGAAGGAAAAUGGCAACAUGUGAAAGAUACAACAACAAUUGGUGAAGGAAAAAUGUUUUCCCCUGGCAAUUUGAGGGCUACCUUUGACAAUCCGGAAUAUGCCAAGUUGAUUGAUUACUACAUUCGGGAGAAAUACACCUUGCGAUACACCGGAGGAAUGGUUCCCGAUGUUAACCAGAUUAUCGUGAAAGAGAAGGGAAUUUUCACAAAUGUAACAUCCCCAACAGCCAAAGCCAAGCUGAGAUUACUCUUUGAAGUGGCUCCAUUGGGAUUCUUGAUAGAAAAAGCCGGUGGAUAUAGCAGUGAUGGAAAACAAUCUGUACUUGACCGGGUCGUCACAAACCUUGAUGACAGGACUCAAGUAGCGUAUGGAUCCAAAAAUGAGAUUAUUCGGUUCGAAGAAACACUAUACGGAUCCUCCAGAUUUAAGGUUGCUGAACCAGUUGGAGCAACUGCUUGA